AUUAAUGGCGUUGUAAUAGUAACAAUGAAGCCUAAAAAACCGCAAUUUCGUACCCUGUUUUAUAUUGUUGACUAAAAGUAACUAGUGGAUGGUCGCUGCAAUUUCCGUCAGGCCUACCAUCUGCCGAAUCACGUUUUCGAGUAGCCACGAAGUAGUGCCGGUUUUGUGGUUGUGUCUGCUCCACGUGAGACUUUAUUAAUCACGCAUAAGAAAGGACUUUUCAUAGUUUUUAUUAGGAAUCGACUAAUUUAACAACCCAAUAUGAGCGGAAUACUCGAGAAGAUCGCUGCAAUUGAAGCAGAAAUGGCCCGUACUCAACGGAACAAGGCCACGAUGGGUCACUUGGGUCUUCUGAAGGCCAGGCUGGCGAAACUUCGCCGAGAGCUCAUCACUCCGAAAGGUGGAGGUGGGGGACCGGGUGAAGGGUUCGACGUUGCCAAAACAGGAGACGCGAGAAUUGGUUUUGUAGGGUUCCCAUCCGUGGGCAAAUCCACUCUCAUGAACACUCUGGCCGGCGUGUUCUCCGAAGUGGCAGCGUACGAAUUCACGACGCUGACCACAGUUCCCGGCGUGAUCAAGUAUAAGGGCGCCAAGAUACAGCUGCUCGACCUGCCUGGAAUCAUAGAGGGCGCAAAAGACGGCAAAGGUAGAGGUCGGCAGGUCAUUGCAGUGGCACGAACAUGCAGUCUCAUUUUCGUCGUCCUGGACGUGCUGAAGCCUCUUCAGCACAAAAAGAUAAUCGAAAGGGAAGUGGAAGGAUUUGGAAUUCGCCUCAACAAGGAACCGCCAGGGAUCACGUUGAGGAGAAAGGACAAAGGCGGAAUCAAUCUCCAGAUGCUUGUGAGCCAAUCAGAGCUGGACCUGGAUACCGUCAAGACGAUUUUAUCCGAGUACAAGAUCCACAACGCGGACGUGACGCUGAAGUACGACGCGACGUCUGACGACCUGAUUGACGUCAUAGAGGGCAACCGCAUCUACAUCCCUUGCAUCUACGUCCUUAACAAGAUCGAUCAGAUAUCCAUAGAGGAAUUGGAUAUUAUCUAUAAAAUCCCACACUGUGUUCCCAUCUCAGCACAUCACAAGUGGAACUUCGACGACCUCCUCGAGAAGGCUUGGUCCUACCUGAAGCUCAUCCGGAUAUACACGAAACCGAAGGGCCAGCUUCCAGACUAUGAAGCUCCCGUAAUCCUGAGUCAGGACCAGAAAACCGUGGAGGACUUCUGCAACAAGCUGCAUCGCACCAUUCUCAAGGAGUUUAAGUACGCCCUCGUCUGGGGAUCGUCCGUCAAGCACAACCCGCAGAAGGUGGGCAAGGAUCACGUCCUCAACGACGAAGAUGUCGUGCAAGUAGUCAAGAAGGUAUGACAGCGGCCUUCCAUCGCCAGUCGUUCAGUGGAGAUUCACUGUGCUGGGUCCAUCGAUGGUAAUCAUGUACAUACGGUACUUUGGUUAAGAAUGAAGUGUGUCUUAAAACUGA